AUGGCCUCGCCGGGCUGCAGCAGGCGCCCCCGGAGUUCCCUUGGCGGCCGAUGGAAGCCAAGACCGCCUGGCUGUCCAGCCGCCUCCCUUCAUCCGAUCGCCGCCAACGCCUGUGGCUCCUGGAUGCAGGAGGAAGCUCAGGAGACGCUGGGGCCCGGCCUCCCCGUCUGGGACCCCGAUGGCUGCCUUCCGGAUCAGGCAGAAUUGUUUUUGCGAACGAGGAUGCAGCUCUUACGAGAACUUUUAAUAAUCAGCUUUUGUGGGUUGGCUCUCCUGCUGCGCCCGGAGCCGGACCCCGUGCCAGAGGUGCCCGAGCCGCCCGGGGUCUGUCUAGACUGGGGCACGGCUGCCCUCUGCCGCCGCUGCCACCCCCACAGCUGCCAGGGCUACCGCUCUUACCUGUCCAGGCUCCUGAGGAUCCAGACAACCAAUGAAAUCCUCAGGCUGCAGGAGCAAGGCCUCAGUCCCAAACUCGGCAAAUCUGGGCAACUACCGGUCGAGGAAGUCCUGGCCCGCGUGAUUUACAGCCCCUUCUCCCCCAGGACCCCUAACUGGGGAAAUCCUGAAGGCCGCCUCUGUGGGAGAGGCUCGGGUGGGGCGCUCGCCCGGGCUAGUGGCUCCUCUGAGGAGCGGAAACGGUGGCUCAGCGGCUCCACACAGGUGCCAUGGACGAAAGCUAGCCCUGGGCGCCCGCCCUGAAUCGCUGCUGUGGAGACCCAGGGUGGCCAGUGGCCGGGGGUAAUCUGGACGGCCCGGAAGAGGAUGGAGCCAGGUGUCCGGUGCCCCCGGCGCUUGCUGUUCCUGCUGCUGCUGCUGCUGAUGCUCUGGGUUUCAGCCCUCCAGGAUGAGGAAGUAUACACCAAGGUGAGCCGGCGGGAGGGAGAGACGCUGACGGUCAGCUGCCCCUACCUCGUUCGGCCCAACCGGCGGGAAGGCAAGGUCUGGUGCAAAGUGAGGAGGAGAAAGUGUGACCCCAACUUCAGCAGGGCCUGGACGGCUGGCCCCCGCUACCUGCUCCAGGAUGACCCCCUGGUUGGGUUGAUUACGGUGUCCAUGAAUGGGCUACGCCUGCAGGACUCGGGGAAGUACUGGUGCAUGCGGAAUAGCUCCCGCACGCUCUACCCGCUCAAGGGCAUCCAGCUGGUGGUGUCUCACGCCCCCAGCAAGGAGUCCCGCCCCGAGACAAUGGAGUCCACCCACUGGAAUCUAGUCACCUCAAUUACAGCCAGAUCCCCCACCACGGUCAGAGCCACAGCUGCCGAGCCCCCAAACGCCCGAUCUUCAACCAUUCUGCCCGGCAGCACUAUCAGAUCGGCUCCUGCUGCUGUCCCCACCACCGCCAAGACUACCUCUCUCACCAUCGGAUCUCUGACCGUGGCCAGACACCCCACUAUCAAGUCCCUCGUCGUGGCCAGGCACCCCACCACCAGAUCUCCAUCUGAGGCCACACCUUCCACCCCGAGAUCCUCCGCCUUGGCCAGGUCCUCCCAGAUGAGAUCUCUCUCCACAGUCCGAUCCAAUCCUACCACCGUGGCCGUGUCUUUCUCCACCAGCUCUCCCUCUGUGGUCUGGUCCUUUUCCACUAGUCUUCCCACCGGGGCAAAAUCCUCUUCCACAAAGUCCCCCACCAUGGCUAGAUCCUCUCCCACCAGGUCUCCCGCUGCUGCCAGGGCACUCUCCAUUAGAUCUCCCACCACGGCCGCAGUCCUCAUCACUGGAGCGUCAACCAAAGUGAGAGUUCCUCUGGCCACACCUCCCUCCAAGGCCAGGUGUCCUUCCAGUCUUGGAAUGGAUGACAUCAUUUCCAGCUUCCGGGACGCGAACCUCACAGUGCCGGUGGUGUUGGUGGGGUGCCUAUGGUUCCUGAUGAUGGCAGCUGUGUUUUACGGCUUCUGGAAGAAGAGUCGGAUGAGAACCUACCGUGUGAUCUUCCCAUACAGGUGGCGAGUGGAGCGUUCUCACUGGUGCAGGCUGAGGGCCGUGAGACUCCCGACACGGAAAGUGGAAACGGACUGGUUUUGCGAUCUCAAGGUGGCAGCCCACCCUGAAUCACUUGUCACCGGACAGGGCCCCUGGAGCAAGAAGGAUCAAAGUACUUCAGGGUCCACAGUCCAGACUCUGGAUCAUUUUACCUCCUGUGCCCUUUCCCUCUGUGCCCUUGGCUCCACCUCCAAGCAGGUGGUGAGGGCUAGUGACCACUUUCUGAGAACCAACGACACUGGCCAAGAUUCCCUGGAAUAUUCCCUGAGGAAUGAUGGACCCUGUUUGCGCCACCCCAGGGGGAAGUGGGCAGUGUAA